AUGGACUGUUGCCAGUCUGGUAAUCCGGUCAGCAAACGGUCGUUUUUUUUUUCCCGCAGGUCAUUAGGAGUAGGAGGGUCCGACGGCUCUGAUAUCCGGCCGAGGCGACGAGGCCCCGCCCACCGCCUCCUUGUUCCGCGGUGCACUACUCCUCGACCAUACAUUUUUCCCUGGUUAUGUCUUCAUCAAUUCUUCUCUUCUAACACCUUUUGUCUUUCAUUUUUUAAGAUUCUGUCUGCAAAUAUUUACUUUUUUUCACAAGCAUUUCUAAUUCCUUUGCUUCCAGUUCGAAAAAGUUGCUUAUUCCUAUCUUUAACAUUUCUGAAAAACCUUUUUUUGCUUUCAUUAUUUUUUUGUUUUUUUGCUUUUUUUUCAAUUCCUCUUCAAAAAUUAAAAAAACCAAUUUUUUUAAAGUUUUUUUGCAAAAUUCACUUUUGAUUUAGAUUUUGAGUCCAGUUUUUUUUGGAUAGUAGAAUAGAAAAAAAUGGAGAAUCGAGGCUCCAUAAGGAAGGUCAGAUUAUUUUUUUUGACAGAAAAAAAUAUUUUGAUGAAUAACUUCAUUCAGAUAAAGUUUAAUCAAUAUUAAAUAGUCUUCGAAAAAUAAUUUGAUUGAAUUUGAUAUAUUUUUUGGAAUUUUUCGAAAAUGAGCACGAAAUAGGGAACCAUUUUCCAUCAUAAUCCUUUUUGGGAAAACUUGAAGAAAUACCUGAAAGAAUUGAAGAUUACACCAAAGAAAAGAUGCUUUUUUUGGCAGCUGAUCUAAUUACACGGCAAGUUUAGGUAACCAUUUCGCACCCCAAUCAUUUGAGGCUCCUUUGUUCGAAUCACAGGCCCCCAUUGUCUCCAAAAACGCUAUUACAAGGCCGAGAAACAAUGCACCCGGAUUACCGCCCUCUUACCUGCCCAUGUGGGACCAUUUGGUCUGUCCUUUAUAAUACCCCUUCAUAAUCAGAAUAAAAGAACGAAAAAAGUAAGGAAAGCGUCGGCGGAAGCCUAGUUUUUGGGGUUAAGCCGCGGUUGGGCCUAGCACAUAUUCAAUGCAAAUUGUGCCUCGGGGCGUCCACUCUCCACUUUGUUGUGUUGCAUUUAAGCCUGUCCGCCUCUUUUAGCUGAAAAACUUUGCCGAGCUCUCGUCGAGCAAUUAUUUCCACUGUUUGAAGUUCAUUUUUUCCUCUGCCUUUCUCCAAGCCGCUUCAUUGUUUUUCCUUCAUUCUCCGUUUUUUCAGACUACAUCGCAUGGCCCGUCGUUGAAAUGUCCUACAAGGUUCCCGCGCAGUUUUUGCUGCUCUUCUUUUUUCAACAAAUUUUCGCCGAUGAACUGAUUUCCACCAGGUGCCAAGCCCAAUGUCUACACAACAUGGAGAUCCGAUUGCAGGUGUGUUUUUUUUUUUGUUCAUUUCUUUUUUUAAUAGGAAGCUGAUUUUGGCGUUCCAGUUGAUUAUAGUCGUCAAGCUUCCGUUGAGAAAAUUUUUGUUGAGCUUCUGGGCUUUUUUAAAGAUUUUUUGCUGCAUUUAUUUGUUCUGCUGAAUUCUGAAUAGGUUUACUGGACUUCAACUAAGUAGGUCUCGCUGUUGCUAAUCGUGCUCGGACCAGCCAAAGUCCCAAGCGCCGCCAAUGUUUGGGCCAAUGUUUGACGUCGAUUGUCACCUGGUGGACCGUCCAUCAUCUCCGCGCAUGUCAUCGCAGCCCUCUCAUCUUCGCCGCCGUUGUUUUUGGACGUUUCCGUCGGCCUUUGCGAACUUCUCGCCGCCUUCCAUUCCUCUGUCUUCUGGCCCAAUCACCCGCAAUUCGCACGUCUCCACGGGUGGUUAUCGCUUCUCGGAUGGGGUUUGUACUAGCGAUUGACGUCUGAAGUUUUUGGUCGGAUGGACUCUAUUAAGACUUGUUCAAGUGGUGAUUUGGCAGAUUUGAAAAUUCAAUCAAAUACUUAAUUAUUUAGUUGUUAACUCAGUGAUCGCCUUUUGGCUAAGAUAAGUCAAAAAGGAAUUUCAUAAAAUUGAGACGCUCAAUUUUUUGGUUCUUCUGCUAAAUAAUUUUGGAAUAUAUUUUCGGUCGAAAAAAAAAAUGAAAUUUUAUCACCUUAUCAUCGCUUUUUUCAUUGAACUAAUUCUCGUCGAAAUUGAUUAGUUUCACUUUUAUUUCUACAUCUGGAAGCACAGGUCGUAACUCUGAUCAGAACUUAUAUUUUUCUAUUCGAAGUAGACUUUUCCAAGCUCCUAGCUUAGUUUUCUCCCACGCAAAUUUCUUCCCUAAUUCUGACGCCGUUCAAAGUCAAGCGAACACCCGUAGAGAACCUCCAAAUUCGGGCUUCCGGUUGCCGUUGGCCACGCGACUCGCGUAUUUCGACAACGAACAAACGGCUCCCAGCUUUGUUCUCGUUGCGCAACUUUUGCACCCAUUGUUCGUGUUUUGUGGGAACCAAAUGUUUAAUUAGCAUAUGGGUCUUCCUAUUGUUCAACCUGACUGGCGAAAACUUGCACUUGAGCGAAAGCAGUUUGUGAAAAAGACCACCGAAAACGAUCCCCUUCUCACUAUAAAAAAGGGUGGCACACCACAACCCGUCAAUUAUUGAACACCACACUGUAAUUAAAAUAAGGACGCCCUCAAAUUUUCCGAUUUUUCUUCGUCCUCAGCCAGGCGAUUUGAGAUUUGUGAAGGAUUCCUGGAGCUUAACACUCCGUGGUCCAUUAGUAUAUGUGUAUAUUCGGGCGGCGAGAACGGAUUAUGCACGUGAGGAAUCUUUCCAUUAGGCGACCAAAACGACAAUUAAAAUCGCUUCGUCAAGUUUCUCUCACUUAAGUUGUUUUCGUACCUUUUGAUUAGCGUUUUAUUUUUAUAAUUUGUACCCUAGGGAUAGUAAUUCAGACUUCAGUUUUAGUUUUCUUUGUACUGAAUGAAGAAAAAGGAUCAAUAAUUCUUCUAGUCGAUUUUUACGAUUGUAUUCCCAAGUCGCCUUCAUCAAAGGCCGCUUAACUGGCAUGUCAGGUUAAUGUGAUCGGGAUCGCUUUGGAUUACGCAACUCGCGAAGCCGGCCAACCAAAAUACACGAUAAAAGUUUUGGCGCAAGGGCCCUUUUCAAAAGACCCGCAGAAUGUUGCGCAACUCGUAUGGAUACACAGGUAAACCUGCUCGGGACAUGAUGCAUCGUUUCUGCUCACAGAAAUGUUAUUCCUAGAUGUUUCGUGAUUCUCAUGAAAGCCUGACCCCAAACAUGACCCUCUACCAAACAUACCUAUACAAAGGAACACAAUGGCACCUGACCGCUUCUCCUCUACCGCAUUAGAACAGCCAACGACUGUUUGCAACGGCCCGUUUGAUCUCGCCGUCCACGCAUGACCACUUGGAAGGCCCAGGUUUGCACUGCGUCGUCCACGUUUUAUAGUGCGGCUAGUGGGCUUUUAGAAAAAAUACUUCACUUCCUCCAUUGUAAAGCCGAAUGAAGCUUUUCGACAUCUUUCGACUUUCAAAAGAAAUUCAAAAUCCAUCGGAAUUUUUGAGAUUUAGUUACGAACUUUAACGGGAGACAAACAUAUUUUUUUUAAUUGAGAAAGUUUCAGUGCUAUUUAGAAGACUUUGGCUUGAAAUAGGAAAAAAUAGGAAGAGAUUUUCCGGAAGUGAGAUAAAGAUUUUUUGAGAUGGUUGGAUUGCUCUAGAUUCUUUCUUUUUCGAACCGGCCAAAGUUUGUUCAAAUAAGCCUAUCUGAUCCGGAAGCCGCCUGGCAGUAAUGGAUUAUUGACCUGAAACAGCGAAGAAAUGGUCGUGAGCCGACGACCGAUGAGCUCAUCAAUCAACAGCCCUGCCGACGUCACAUUAACGGUAAAAGGCGGACGGAGACAAAAGGCACCCGCUUUUUUUCUGCGCGUCACUCGAGAGGCUUCAUCCCAGAUCCUCUGAGGUCGACUCAAGACUGUAGAGUCUUGAAAGAACAAACUGCUUCAAAUCAAAGCUUUGAAACUUGAACUUGAGUAGGUUCUAGAGCAAAAUAAGAAGAUUGAUUAUGUUUCUGAUCCAGUUCAUAGUGAAUUCUCGUCCAUUUGCUACUAGAUGUGCAGAGAAAAUGAAUUUCUCAUUUUAGUCAAGUGCCACCAGAGGUCGGAAACGAAAAGGCGAGGCCAUAAUUAUGCGGGUUUUUUUCGACUAGGCCGACGAGGAGCCGCAAAUUUGAAUUUCCAUGUUCCAAUUGGAAAGCUCUUUUAGAAAGAGUCUCCUAGGAUGGUUUUUUUUCUGAUUUCGAGGGCUCAAAGGCUGGUCUGGCGACUGCUAGGUAUCAUUUUGCGUGUUUAUUUUCGCUUUGCGAUGAUUCGCAACAAGGUCAGGCUGCCCAUAUGUGGAUGCUGCUGACCUCCAGAUUCAUUACAUCCAGUCCACAAGUGUUUUUGGCGUGCCUCAUUUGGAAGCAAAUCACAAGGCGUCGUGGCCGUCAUAAACCCUUUGGUUAUGUCACCAAGGGCAGCCUUCACUUAAUAAUUAGACCUUCAUUGAAAUUUGCAUGGGAACUUGCCGAAAUAUUGCGCAAAGGACACUUGGCGAUGGCCACUCGAGAGUUGUGUCGCUUGAGAUUCCAAUGUUGGGUCCAUCAAAGGCUCGUAAAUCUCCGAGGUUUUCUGGCUCACCUCAACCUUACAACAACUUGUAGUAACAGCGGACCUUUAGUGCCCCCGCCUGACAGGUAAAUUGACCAACCAACGAUGUCGCAGAGUGCCAAAUGUUGGUUUAAGAACGGCAACUGUCGUUUCUCUAUUACUCUUUUUUUUCAUUAACCAAUUGACCUUUUCAUGGAGCGGUUUCGAUUCUCAUCUUGAGGCUUUUCCUAGUAAAGCCAGCUUUUCGUAGAUUUUUCAAAAGUUAGAAAUAAAGAUUGUUCCGUGGCGCAUAGCUGUUAUCCACAAGCCAAAAAUACGGCGAUAAAACCGCAGAUGAGGUACUCGAGGCGCGUCAUAAAAACAAGACGGCUCGUGCUUAAUGUUCAGUUGUUUGCAGCAGUGGAGGAGCUGGAGCAGCACAAAUCUGAGAAGAAAAAAUGUCGAAAAGGUUAUGACGGCCUCGUUAGUUAUAUUGGCAAAUAGCAAGACACGCGCAACUUGUCUCUUCACUAAUUGACUCGUCGAUCCCAUGGGUACCGUAACAGACGCAUCGCGACGGUUGUUAAUGGGUUCAGCCUAUCACGCGACAGAUCUUAUCACUGACGUUGUUGGUAGGGAAGACGGAGAGCCGUGGAAAGAAGCGAUUCAUCGGCUGUUUGUCACAUUAUUCCUCUUGAGGGCAAUUACCUAACCGACUGGCUCGUAAAAUCCAAAAUUUGUUGAUGGUUCACCAAGCUGGAGCCAAUUUUGGUCACUGUCCGGCUCAAUAACAAUCUAGGGACUUUUUCCAAUUGAAUGGUUUGAGAAUCGUUCAUGAGAAGAAGGAAAAUCAGAGUAUUUCAUGGUUUUGAAAACUGAGAGAGUUCCUUCAGCGGUUCACAGAUUAUAUCUUGGCCACCUUGUUUUUAUAGCCGUUCCGUUCAAAUUCACUACAUCAGAUUGGCCUAUCCGCUAUUUAUAUAUUGACUGGAAGCCACAAGGAAAGUUCGAUAACGAUCGCUGCGCGUAAGAUUUAUGCCCCGAAGGCUGAAAUUUCAGAGUGGAAAAAAAGAACUACGAGGCUACGGUAUCUGGGAACCGCACUCGUUAUUUAUGGUGAUCGUGUGUCGCUUUUUCUUUUGCUACAGACGACGCUUGUCGAUUUUUUCUUUCGGUUGCUUGUCAGUACGAAGAAGGGUUCAAGGCUGAACGGUGUCUAUUUUGCACAAUAGGUCUUGUUAUUCAAAAGAAUAAUUAGGUUGAGCUUGCUUUAGAAAAUUGAGAAAAACAUGGUUGAUGAAGAACAAGCUCAAGUUGAAGUAUUGAGUUAUAAUUUCGGAUAAUUUCGGUUUUUUUAUUUUUUUGGUUAUUUUUCUGGACUUUAUUUUUUUGAUUUUUUUGGGUAAAAAAAUGUUCAAAGAAAGCUAACAGGUCAUUUAGAAUAGAUUGGAACUUGCUUAAAAGUCUUCAAACCAAGUUUGGGAAAAUUUCGAAUCUUUUAAAGUUUUUCUAGUUCCUCUAGUUCCUCUAGUUCCUCUAGUUCAGUGGAAGAGAGUGUCAAAGUUUUGCUCAGCUUUAUCAGAAAAAUAAAUUCUGCACUAACCAAAAUCUUCGAGAAACAAAUGAAAAGUUGCUGUUCAACCUUAUCCGAUUUUUUGCCCUCCUGUCCUUCUGAACGCCAUGUGGCAUCUGUCGCCAGUUCCGCAGGAAAUUCGCGAGGACACGAGUCCGGCGCCGGAAAAUCUCCACACGUCGCGACCCACCGGCGCCUUAUCAUCGUCGAUCCGCGGCUGUUUACCCAAUUUAUGGCAAAUGGCGACAAUUGCCUCGUCCUUUUCACAGGAAUUGUGUACAAUUCUUCCAAUGUCAAAUCUUCCGUCGAACGGCAAUUUCGGACCUUUUUUCAGUGGGAUUGUUCUAGGGAAUCGGUUAACUUCUUGAAAGCAAAAAAAAAAAUCGAUUUUUUGAUUCUGCGAGUCUUUCUAGCUCUUCGGAUUUUGUGAAAUUUUUAGCGUCAGAAUCAAAGAGUUUCGAGAUUCUUUUGGUUAGGUAUUAUAGGAAAAUUAUCAAAAGGUGUUUUUUUCACCCAGAAAAGCUUUUGAGAAAAAAAAGCUCACUAAGAAAUAUACUGAAAUGUGGAUCGAAAAUCUGGGAUUUAGGUUCAAAUUUUCAUCUGAAGAGGUAGUAGGGUUAUUUUUUUGGGGAAAGGACUCGAAAAAUUUUUUUUUUUGUAAUUUGCUAUGCGUCGAUCGGAAGCCUUUCGAGAAUGAAAAAAAAUAAUUUCUCUCCCGAUAUUUCCUGUGAAAAGUCGUGAUCAGAAUCCACACGAGAUUUUUUUUUUCUGAUUUUCUUGAAGAAAAGCUGUUUUUAAGCUUUCUCAGCAAACUUUUGAAACCCUUUCGAUGUAGAACUCAGACACUUUUCUAGUCAAGUUUCAGUAGAAAUUGAAAUUUUGGAAGUUGAUAGUUUUAUUCUGAUCAAAGCCAAGAUUGGUCAAAAUCUGUGGUCAGACCGCAUGUCGUUCCGAACACGCGGUCAGCUCAUUCACACGCAAGUCCACUCGAGGUGCGAAGAAUGGAGAACACAAUAAAGGAUACAAUACGGCGGACCUCCGGACGCACUUCAUAAUUCCAUUGGCAAUGAGGGGCCGAGAUUGCUCCCUCCGCCGACACCUCUCUUCUACGCCGGAAGUACAUUAGGCAGCUCUUUUUGAGGGAGUUCCAGACACUUCUUUUCGUUCCAGGACUUCUACCGCUACAGUAGGAUGAAAGAAAGUACUUGAAAAGAUUGAUGCAAAUGCCACUUAGCGACGUUGGCACCUGUGUUUGGCAAGUGCCGAAGAAUCUGCGGCACGAUUCGCACCCAUUCCGACGCCGACAAAGCGGCUCUAACCUGGGAUUAGCUUGAAAAGGUGUUCAAAAAGGAUUUUGUUUGCUCUCGAGUCCCGAUCCUUUUAGCGGCUUCGUUGCAGAGUUACGCAACGCGAUUAUUCCGAGAUUCCUGGAGACGUUCUCCAGCUCUGCUACUCUUCCAAUUGGAACAGCCCAAUUAAACAUGUCCCUCAUUAUUAGCGCUCCUGGCGCUUUUGAUUGAGCCACUUGGUUGUUUGGCCGCAUUGCUGAGAAGCAGUUCCUCUUAAUUGAAUUAAUAAAAAGUUGAGAUACUGGAAAUCCGACGGAAUAGACUGGAAAAAUCAUAUUGUUUGGAACAAAUGAAAGGGCAAAUCUGGAGAUUCACCAAUUCUGUUCGAAUGGCACCGCAUCAAAAAUUCCGCUUGAGCUCUACCAUCUGGAUUCUUUGUGUGUGUUUCCCACGUCUCCAGAAUCUUUGAGUUGGAUUUUUAAUAACGCUUUGUGACAGGCUAAAGCUUCAAAUCUCCAGAUUUGCUUAGAUUUUUCUCGACUCUCCAAACUAUCAAUGAGCAUGACCUCAAAACAAUGGGACCCAUUUAUGGGGAAAAUAAGACGUUAAACGUUCAAUAGUCUAUAAUAGGAGUUGGCGCAGAAGAAAAGACACCUCCGGUAAAUCGAGACUCUUCUUUUGUUUGAGGAGAAAAAAGGUAGGCCACAAUUACCAGUUGGUUACCGGCAGCCCAGGUGCAAUUUCCUUGGGCUCUCUGACACAAAAAGAGCCUUAUUUACAGUAUAGAGCGGAAAAGUUGGUUGUUAAUUAUCCGCAACUUGCAACCGCACCGCCUAAUUGUAACCGUAGCGGUCUGUCAGAGCCGCCCUCUUUGUGUUAUUGUAGCAAACCGCGGCAAUUGAGCCACGAGCCAGUGAACAUCGCUUUUUUUCGAUUAUUAUUGGUUAGCCUAAACGAAGGCUUUGAAUGAAAUUGGAUGGAGAUGGAAAUUUUAAAACUUAUUGGUCGUUUCGGUUUUGAAAACUGCCGGCUCAGAGCCUGUUGUCAGGAAAAUUUCACUAGCACUAGUUUUAAAAAUUAUUGAAAAUUUUCCAAGUUAAACUAAGAAAAAAAGUAUAAGGGUACGGUAAAAUGAUUACCUGAGGCCAGAGGUAGAUGAAAAUUCAAGUUAUUAUGAAAAAAAUCGGAUUUCAAUAGUUUGAUGGUGUCAGAAGUUCGGUUGACUUGUACGGAAAACGGUGAUAAUUUUAACCCGAAAAAUUUAGUUUGGAUAUUUGAGUCCGAGCUCUAGCCUAAAUGAUCAGAAUUCAUUCAUUAACUUUGUAAAAAAUUAAUAAAUAAAGAAUUUUCAAACAAAACACUUUUUUUGAAUGUCAAAUUUUGUCAUUUUGGGAUCUUCAGUUGAUCCGUGAAGAACGCUUUCCCACCACUAAAGUUCUACUUGCACCCAGAACUUUUUAUGGACUCCAAUCAUUUGUUGAAGUAUGGCGAAAAUCACGUGUUGACGAGGCGAUCAAUCAACCCGCGGCCAAUGAAUCGUCCGGUUGCCGAAACCGACGAAAUUAGCAUAUUCAACAGACGCCUGUGCACACAGAAGGACCACAGGGCCAAGAUAAAUUGGCGCCAAUCAAAAAUCCGGCCGCCGCCUUGGUUUUCCUUUUGCGGGAUGACGUCGUUCAUCUUGGUUGGCUCAACACCAUCGUUUCGGAUUCGAAUUACGGAGGACGGCUGUUUAUAGUCGCGCACUAAUAAAUAAGGUGAAACGCCUCGUUUCAAAGAUUCUCAUCUUCUGAGCUCUGCAUUUCAUUUCUAGAAUGGUUUCUCUGGUUCGAGAUUUUACUAGGGUCAUUGAGGGCCUAAAAAUUGUUCAAAAGAGGUCUUGCAAAACAAAAAAAGCCAAGUUUCAAAUUAACAGAACAUUUUUGAAAAGUCCUUGAAAGCGGAAUCAGCUUUUGUGAAACGCAAAGAACCCUGACUUAGUUAGGACAUUUCUUAUUAAAGAUAUGAGAAGACCGGUUUUUUCGAUAGAAUCAACAAGUUGUUCCUCCAAAAAACUUUGUUAUUUACAUUACCAGUUGGCCUUACACAUCGCUGUAGGGAAGGAGAAGAAGUGGCGGUUGAGGUCAGACGCCUUGGAGUUAAUCUUCUCCUUCGGAACACCCGGACAGCAGCGCUAUUUCGUCGCCGCCUGAUGCGCUCCAGUGCACAGCGGCCGGCUGUAUUAGGGACACACACCAAGGUGUUGUGACCAGCGUUAUUAUUAUUAUUUGUUGGUCGGUUUGACGUGGCGAGAGAGAUUUGAGGGGAAUGGUCAAAAAAAAAGUUCCGAGUUGAUCCAACUUGCUUAACGGUUUUCUUAGAAAUUGUGUUGUGAAGUUUAAAAUUUACUGAAAUUUGCUCAAAUGAGGUCUGGACUAUGAUUCCUUAUAUUCGCUAUAAAGUUGUAGUUAUGAAUUUACUGAUUUUUAACAAAAAUUAGACCUAGGGUUCAUUUUUUCGAACUUACAUUAUAAAAACUGAAAAUUUGACCAGUUAGCAACUAUAAGGGAUCUUUUUCUGGUAAGAAUUUCAAGCAAACCCUGAGAAAAUCCCAAAUUUUGAACUAAAACGAGCAUUUGAACACCAUCCUUCGAUUUCCUGACAAUUUCGGCAGACUUUUUCCUGCGUGUCAGACGGCAUGUCAAUUAACUCGAUCUAACAAGCGUUUGGAGUUGCGCAAACGCCAAUUUCUACGCAAUCCUCAUAAAGACAUAUGUCAUGGGCCAGUGAACACUUGUUGGCUUGGAAAUCGUCGAAGAUCUUAUCAAACCCGGAAAAAAAAAACCAAAAAUCCUUAUUUGAUAUUUUUCAGGAUAGCGCCGAGCACAGAAGAAGUCUGAAGCAUCACAUCAUCCAGCUCUGCAAAGAUGACGCCACUUGUUCAGCCGUUAGUUUUUUUUUUUUCUAAAACGGAGACGAUUUUCUGUCUUUUUGAGAACCAUUUCGAAAAUUUUGAAGUCUCUCCAAAACUUAAUAGGUCGUGCAGAAGUUUUAAAACUUGGAAUGGAUUUUUGAAAAUGAACAAUGUCAUGACCGGUCCCCAUGACGACGCUUUCGAUAUCAAAAAAUUAAAUAUUUUCGGUUUUAAUGAAUUUUCGAGUUUCCUGAGCUUUUUAAUAAUAAUAAUUUAUUCAUACACAAGGUGAAAAUUGUUUUCCUUAAUUUUGAAUGGUUAAGAGGUUUUUUGAAACUAAUUGAAGUCCCACAUAGACAUGUAUUCAACAAAAACUUUCUCGAAUCUAUGAAUUCGAUUUUUCGAGACAGCUAGAAUUAUUCCAUUGAAAGGUACCCUAAACAGUGAUUCAAAUCUUUCCAAAAUCAGAAAAAAGGAAAAAGAAGGCCUGAAAUCUCAAAUAGACUUAUAGCCCAGCUGCAACAUUUUCCCACCUAAAAUCCAAAUGCAAAUGCGCGAGAAGGGCUGAUCACGGCUUAACCCAAGUUGUUUACCCGAAUGCCAUCUACUUUUUUAUUCGUCUACUCGUUUACUGUGUCUAUUGUUUCCCUGUACAAGUUUACCUAGUUGUUUCCCCAGUUUGAAAGGGAAUUAUGAAUGGGCAGAGAUUUGAAAUUUGAGAAAUAUUGACAGAGAUUAACUUCAAAGUUCGAAAUAGAUUUCAAUGUAGAGAAAAAGUUUCAUUUCUUGUAUUUUUUUAUAGAUCUAUAGCGCUUUAAUGACUGCGAAAAACGCGACUGUGAAAAAGGGGUAUUUAUUUUUUUUCAAAUUGGAACCAAUUUACUUUUAAAUUAUAAUUUAGUGACUUUUUAAAAACUGCGCUUUUUACACCUUUUUUUAAAGAUUAAAAAUAGCGCUUAUUAUUAUUAUUUAUUUUUUUCUUAAUUAGUUUUUUUGUUUUCUGAACGGAACUAGCUCAUUGGUUUCGUUUUCCCUAAUAUCUGGUUUGAAAGAUCAGCGGUCAGAAUUCGGUCCACUGUAAAAGGAAAAGGAAGCGUUGCUCGGACAUCUCAUAACAACCAAAUUGGAAAUCAAAUGGCCCGCGAAACCAGACGUCCAUUGGCGUUGAACCCAUUGUGUGAUAGACGGCCAAAAAAUGUGCGCCAUAUGUCUUCGGACGCCUUUUUCGACCAAGGGUACUAAUAAAAAAAAGACAAAGAUGGAAAACGUCUUCUCGAGAUUUUGCUCCUAUUCAAAAAGUAGGAUUGUGAGAACUUUUUCGAAAUAUAGGAGACGCAAAUUAUAUCUUAAAAAUUACUUCUAAAUUAUAAAAAAAUGAACUUUUUUUGACACAUAUUUUUUUAAAAAAAGUCAAUUUUUUUAAGCUCCUAUGAAUGAACUUUCAUAAAAGAAAAACAUAAUAAUAGUUUAUUACCAGAUCAGUAUGAACCCAAACUUUCAAACUUCGCAAAUAGAACCCCAACAGGGCCAAAUUCCAAGAGCGGUUGAUUCUUUAGACUCUUCUUAAUGAAAAUUUGUUUUAUGACCGAACUAGCGGCCGAAAAACGGUUGGGAAUCCUAAAGUUGAUACUUAAAGCAAUACAUAAAAUUCCGAAGAGGCGUGGCCUGUAAUGAGAGCCGAUUCCGACGUACAGCCAAAAGAGAGCCGCGAGCAGAUGUCGUCGCACAUUUUUUAUGGCUCGAUCGUCCACAUAAAGGAUAUCUGACCGCGAUUUGCGAUGAAGAUGUGUUUGAAAGAAAGUCUGAAGUAUUUAUUGACACAACUUGCAAAAAAAUGAUUUUUUUUAAUUUUCUAAUCCUCUUUUUCUGGAAAUUUAUCAUUUUGACGGUUCUCACAUCGUACAAAAAUGUUUCUUUUGAAAUAAAUUCAAAAAAAUAUUUUUUUAAAAAAACCUUCACAUUCUCUAUAUUUAAAAAAAUAUGAAUGGUAUUAUCCUUCACAUAAGUCCAUCUCCAUGAAUUUUCUACUUUUGAAUUUCAACAAAGACUGAAGAAAAUUUCCAACUGUUUGGAGACAUCUGUUCCCGGGCGGCGGGCAUCAAAACGACGCCGGAGAAGCGGUGCUAAUUUUGCUCCGAUGCCAAUUUUACGAUUACGGUAAUUGUCGACGCAAGCGAAGGCACGUAUGCAGAGACAGUCACGCGCACAUGUGGAACAACCGAAUUACGAUCUUUUUCUCUUUCGAAAAAGUCUUUUUGAAGACGAAAAGACUCUAGACGUCAUGAUUAUCGUCGAAUUGUUUUCAAGUGGAAGUCGAGUGGCUGGAAAUAAUUGAGAGCUUCCGCUAACUUCGUUAACACCGUUCAAUGGCGCGUAAUAAUGUUGUGGCUCGCGGCUGAUUUUGACCUAUCCAAGCCUGCAAUUUCAGCCCAGAAUGAUUAUCCCAGAAACAUCACAGUUGAGGUACUUCAAAGUGUGAACUGCGUCUAAAAAAAAAUUUUUUUUUCGUCAAAAAGAGCAGAGCGAAAUUUGCAUAAGGUUGAAAGAAAGUUCCAAAAGUAGCUAGUAUAAAUAGGCAAGGGAUCCCAGAAAAUUAUAAAAAUUUUAUUCAACCGUCAGAUGAGUUCACAAUUCGCGAAAUAAGCAAAUGUUUUCCCCAAUUUUUCAAUCUUUUGAAUUUUUUUAUUUAGCUCAGUAAAAGGCCUACUGGUCCUUGAACUACUUCGAAAAAAGUUGAUGCUAAAUUCGGCGUGUUUCAGUGUGCUGCGCCAUGUCGGGAGACGUUCGACGACGUGAAGGCGUGCAAGAAGACGUGCACGACUUCCGACGACGCUCAGACGUGCGAGAAAAGCUGCGACCAUCUCCACAGCAUCUACAGCGAGAAACCCGGCUCCUGUCCGACCUUCCUCAACACUUCCAACUAUGUAGGCUUUGGGAGAAAACUAAAAUUUUGCCUAAUCGGAAUUUCUCAAUAGAUCUUCUAGAGGUCCAUCUUUCUCAUUUAAGGAGUGCACAGCGCUGUGCCAUUUGGACGGCGACUGUCCGGAGACGUCGAAGUGCUGUUCCUACGGCUGCAGUCGGCAAUGCGUCAGACCGAAGGCCAGCGACGUCAAACUGCUGCCCAUCCCGAGGAACAUCACCGUCCAGGAACGCAAACGCAAAAGGUAUCUUGAAGCUCUUCGUCAAGGUCUUAUGAUGUCGUUCAGGUCGAUAAUCAUCCGAUGGGCGACCGGAAGACUCUCCAAGGACCAGGCCAACAGCAACUCCAACUUGUUCCUGGUGCAGUGGCGCUGGGGCCUCCACACCGACGAUUCGGCGAUGACCGACUGGCAGACCGUCACUGUUGUCAGUUUAUCUAUCUUUGAAUUCGUUGAAAAACAGGACGUCUUAUCUUUCAGAAAUCAAUCAAUCAAUCAGUAUUGAUUUAGUUGUUCUAAUCAUAGAUGUAAUCACAGAGAAGUGAGAAGGUAAAAAAUGAAAAUAAAUUCAAAAAAAAAAAAUCAACUAAAGGGGUCAUGAAUGCUUUUUUUCAGAGAAAUAAGCCCUACGCGAUCCUGAAACACUUGCUGUCGCCUGGAAGGUUCUACGAGUUCCGGAUAGCCGCCGUUUCGAAAGAUGGAAGUCUUGGGUACAGUGUCCACUCCACUCCUUUCAAAAUCUCUAAAGGUUACCCAGAAAAUAGAACCUUUCUUCAAAAAAACCUUCUUAGAAGCCAAAGCUCCCCCGCCGCCCAAGGACAUUUCUCUGGGAGCGGCUCGUUUGACGCCAGUUGGCCUCUGGAAUCAACUCGUUCAGUGGCACCCGCCUCCGAGCGACUUGCCGAUCAAAAACUAUCAAGUAUUCCGUGAAAUCCUGCUUCGGAGUUGACAUACUUGUUCAGAUAUCUUGGGCGGUCUCGUCCAAGGCCGAGGCAGACGCUUUCGAAGAAAUGAUGAGGAGGAAGGCCGUGCUGGAAACUCCGGAGAAACGGAGUCUCGACGACGACGAAGAGGCCUGGAGCAUCGACGGGAGGUAGAUUUCAGCUCUGAAAGAAUCAAAACACCAUUUUCAAAAAGAGAGGAAAAAAUGGUUUUCUUGUUUUUGUCAACGAAGAAAAAAAUAUACAAUUUGGAAGAAUGUGACUAUUUCAUUCCGAAUGAUGUUCAGAGACCGGCACUCGGUGAUCGUUCCCAGCCACUCGACCCACACCGAAGUCUCCGGACUUUUCCCGAACUCGGUCUACAUCGUCGAAGUGCACGCUUCGGUCGACAGCACCGAAGGAGAAUUGCACGGCGAGAAAGGCGUCGUCUUCGUGAGGACGGCCGAUUCGACGGUCGCCGUCAUCGAGUCCUCGACGAGCAAAUCCGAAGACGACGAUGACGCGGGCAAGGAGAGCGAAGAGUUGACCGUAGAAGCCGAGAAACCGACCCUCGACGUCAGUACUAUCAGCAGCAACCACGUCGUCGAACCUUCCCUCGAAAUUCAGAAGCCGUUCUUCGAUGGAGAGCUUCAGGUAAAUCUUUCAGUCAUGACCUUCUGAAACCACGAAUUUUCAGACGAACCUGAACUGGUUGAACUCGGCGUCGUGCUCGCCCAAAAAGAAGCGAUUCGUGGUGCGAGUCCGGAAAACACUUUGCAGGGAGUACCAGCCGAAUCACCACUCUGACACUAGGUAAGUGAAGUGAGAGUUCGAAAUUAUGAAUUUAAAAAAAAAAAUCGAACUCAAGUAUAUGAGAAUUCAACAACGCCAUGUUUCAGAUGGCACGACGUUCAAGUGGACGAAUGCGUCGCAUCGCUGAAAGGCCUGUCUUUCGACUGCGACUACAAGGUGGAAGUUAGCGAAGCGGCGACCGGCAAGCCGAUCGUCGACGGCGUCUUCGCGACUGAAACCUGCGAACAGACGACGUCGCUGUCGCCGAUCCCCUGCGCGACGCUCACCUCGCCCAUCACGUGCCACGUCAGCGACCGCUCAGCCCGCUGCCACUGGCCGCGACACCACGACCCCAUGGAUACAGUAAUCGGCUACCGUAUCCUGCUGGCCUCGCCGAUCAGCCACGACACCAACAUCACCAUCAAUCAGCCGCAGUUGCGCGAGGUCCGCUACGAGGACCUAAGGCCCGGCGUCGUCUACACGGUCGAAGUGCAGUCCAUCACGAACCGAGGCCUCGGUCGGACCGUCUCCACGCAAUUCAUGACGUCAGACCACUUGGACCACACCUUCAUCGAACGGUUCCCAGGUGGAGAGAUCGUUGAGCUCCCUCUAGAGUCUAGCACUUCUUCAAGAGUUUUGCUCCUUUCUUUCGUCAUUAUUCUGUUGCUUAGGUUAUGGUGAAUUCAGAAUUCGUCCGCAUGAUUUUAAGCUGCGUCAAUGUGCAACCGUGA